AUGCCUGGCACGAAUAAAUCAGCGACGCCUCCUCCAGAGUAUACUCCUUCAGCUAGCAACUCGCAUGGCAUAGCAAACCCCAACUACGGAGCGGUCAGUGGAAGCAGUUUGUCAACUCCUGGAGCAUUUGAUCCUCAGAAUCCCUUCCACAAUCCCUGGUCAUCCAUUCCUGCAUUCACACAUGGACCUCAUCCAGGUCAACAGCAACCGCUCUUCCACUCACCACCACCUGGCACUGCCUCUCACUCGCACCAUUGGCAAUCUCAGGCUGGGCCGACUCCAACUGGACAAUUACAUAUUCCCUAUGCUUACUAUGAUCCGAGGAGUGAGCAUUCUAUGAUGCAAGCAGAUUCGCGUGCGAGGUGGAGGUUCUGUGAGGCCUUGGCUUGGAUCAUCGUUACUUGGUUCGUUCUUGUGCUGGUAGUUCAGGGAAUUCUUGAUGGAAGAUUGCGGUUUGAAUGGGGGAAGAAUUGA